AGUGGAUGCUCGACGCCGGCGUGUGUCGCCCAUCGAGCGCGCGCGGAGCCAUCAGAGUUGCUGAGGAUUGCAUCAUACCGGCGAUGAGUAAGGAUUUCGCACAGCUCGAGCCCCUCGCUGACAGGCCCAGCGGCCAUGGAACGGCGAACGAAGCCACCACAGUGGACAGCCCUAUGCCGCCCGGGACCGCUUACCGCGAGCAAUUAGCACGAUGAUUGAUGCAAAGGCAAAGAGCGGGCCUAUCAGCCCAUGUCGCGCCAGUUGCUAGCCAGCUGUUCUUCCGGCCGCCGUCGCGGUUGCCACGCUUGUGACGCAGCAACCUUUUAUGUAGCGGGGCUCUCUGGAGGCCGACCGAUUGAAAGCUGAUCGACCACCGCAGCUGCUCCCAACAAACAAAACCCUUUCUUCCUCUCCUCACUGCGAUACCCAGAGUUCCCCUCCUCUACCUCAACCCACAUUCACCCAUAUUAAUUACCAUGUCUUCCUCCCUUGAUCAAUUGAAGGCCACUGGCACCACCGUCGUCUGCGACUCUGGUGACUUUGCGACCAUCGACAAGUACAAGCCCCAGGAUGCCACCACCAACCCCUCCCUGAUUCUCGCGGCCUCCAAGAAGCCCGAGUACGCAAAGCUGAUCGAUGCUGCCGUUGCGUGGGGCAAGAACCACGGCGACAACAUCGAGGACCAGGUCGAUGCCACACUCGACAACCUCCUCGUCCAGUUCGGCAAGGAGAUCCUGAACGUCGUCCCCGGCAAGGUCUCUACUGAAGUCGACGCCCGCUUCUCUUUCGACACAAAGGCCUCCGUCAACAAGGCCCUACGCAUCAUUGACCUGUACAAGGAGCAGGGCAUUGGAAAGGAGCGCAUUCUCAUCAAGAUCGCCUCGACAUGGGAGGGUAUCAAGGCUGCCGAGAUCCUCCAGCGGGACCACGGCAUCAACACCAACCUGACCCUCAUGUUCUCUCUUGUCCAGGCCAUCGCUGCCGCCGAAGCCGGCGCUUUCCUUAUCUCUCCCUUUGUUGGUCGCAUCCUUGACUGGUACAAGGCUGCCACCAAGAAGGAUUACACCAAGGAGGAGGACCCCGGUGUCCAGUCCGUUGGCAGCAUCUACAACUACUACAAGAAGUUCGGUUACAAGACCAUCGUCAUGGGCGCCUCUUUCCGCUCAGUCGGCGAGGUUACUGAGCUCGCUGGCUGCGACUACCUCACCAUUGCUCCCAACCUCCUCGAGCAGCUCUACAACUCCACAGACUCCGUUCCCAAGAAGCUCGAUGCUUCCAACGCCAGCUCGCUCGAUAUCGAGAGGAAGAGCUACAUCAACGACGAGGCUGCCUUCCGCUUCUACUUCAACGAGGACCAGAUGGCUACCGAGAAGCUCCGUGAGGGAAUCUCGAAAUUCGCUGCUGAUGCCGUCACUCUCAAGGAUAUUCUCCGCAAGAAGAUCCAGGAGUCGUAGAGGUGUAGUCUGACAUCGGUCGUUUUCUUUGACUAGUUAUGAAGGCAUGAAUUUUACGGUUUGGGAUCAGCUUGCAUCACCACACUCAUACAGCUGCUUGGUACUGCGAUAUAUUAAAAAUAGAAAGAGAUGAAAUUGCCAU